UUCAGAUAAACCUGAUUUUAAUUAUAGUUUGGAAAGAAACAUUGACCGAAAUAUACUGUUGUUUAUAACUUUCGCCAUUGAAGACAGUUAUCAAUACCACCGUGUUGAAUGUCAACAUUCCAAAAACAAAAAAGUCUGGUCUAACUGCAGUGAAGAAGAAUACAACAAGACCUCCUACAUGUAUCUCACUGAAAACUGGUUAUAUUUUAAAUUCAACAUCACUUCCACUAACAAUUAUGGUCAUGUGACUAAAAUAGAAACCAAACUGAAGGAAAAUAUACCAAUUCGUUUCCCUCAGCUUUCUAAUAUUUCAUUCACAUCCUUGCCAUCAGUAGACCCUUUUCAGCAGUAUGGUGAAAUAAAGCUCACCUAUUCUAAUAUAGGAAUGAAUGCCUAUAAGUUACUAUAUGAACUUAAGUAUUGGUCUGAAUUUGAUGACCCACAGUAUGGGAAGCAGACCCUACUCAAUCGUACCAAUACUUUUAUCCUGGAAAAGCUGCUCCCUUACACAAUGUACGAUGUAGCUGCAAGGGUUAAAAAAGAAAACAAUGGUUUGUGGAACCCACCCUUAACGACGAAAUUUAUGACAGCCACAGCACCUGCCAACCCACCUAGAACCACAAAUGGGAGUUAUUAUCUGUGGAAUUGUACCGAGACAGGACUUGGCAAAUGUAUCAUAGUUUACUGGGAGAAAAUUCCACUCAAAUUAGUAAAUGGAAAACUGAAGGGUUAUUGCGUCCAAAUUAUUGAUGAAAAUAACUUAACAGAUCAUUGUCAGGACCCUGAAUAUCUUACACGUAACUCUUUAUAUAAAGAAUUUAAAGAUCUACCUUCAAAUAAAGCACUUACGUUUGCAAUCACAACAGUUAACAACGAUAAGAGGAAACCUCAAGCAACCAUAAUGCGAGUGGGAGAAAAAGUACCCAAAGGUCCAAAAGCAGUGUAUGUGAUUCAAAAAGAAGAAAACCUGUACAAUGUUUCCUGGCUGCUUUACCCAGAUCAACUGAAUAACAAUGUGACUAUUUUCUUUUGUCGUAAGGAUGACGUCUCCACUCCCCACAUGUACUGCAUGGAUAAUGUGAAAUGGGAAUUAGCUACAAACGAAAGUUACCUGUUGGUGAAUAACAGCAUGAAACCACUUGAUUUUGCUGCUUACAUUAGCACAAAAGAAGGCAUGAGUCCUUUAACGAAAGCAGAAUGUGUUUUUAAACCUGGGAAACCAAAAAAACCUAAGCAGCCUGAAAUUCUUCCAUCUCAAAACAAAAUAACUGUACUGUGGCCAGAGUUCACUUGUGAGAGCCUAAAUGGGAUUCCAGUUGAUUAUGAGAUACUCUAUAAUAAAGGUCCAAAAUGUGAUAAUGGUAGUAAAAAACAAUUUAAACCAAUGGGAAUAAAACCACCAGAAAGUUCAUCUGAUAUCCAGUCAUUAAAUCCUGAGACCAAAUAUUCAGUCUGUAUUCGUGUGGUAACUGGAAAAUAUACUAGCUUAAUGAGUGAUCCACUUACUAUAGAAACUUUAUCUGAUGAAAAUAACACACCUGCUAUCGUCGGUGGAUUGUUUGGAACCUUGAUUGGCAUAGGUCUUAUCGCAGUUUUUAUAUACUGUAUAAUGAAAUACAAAAAGGGCAAAGAGGCCAUUGACAUUGAAUUGCCUGAAGAGAAUGUUGGAUCUUAUGGUACUUGUAAUUCAACUUAUAAUCAUGAAUAUGCUACAAUAGAAAGUAAAGACACAAAGGAACAUCAAAACAAAGCCAACGGAAUAUCAAAUUUAAAAUCCUACAUGAGAGUUGGACUUGAUUCAAACAGUACUGGUAUAUUGGAAAAUGAUUGUGACACUUCAGCUAAUACAACCACUUCUCUUGUAUCAUCUGAGUCAAUUCCAUCUUAUUCUGCUAAUGACAAAGAACAUAAUAACCUAGAAGAACAUCAUGAAGUCCAAGACAAAAGUGUACGUGAUGUUAAUUCUGAAAAUCCUGGGAAUUUUAAUGAAAUCCCAGAAAACUCUGAGAUGAAAAACCCAGAAAACUCUGAGAUGAAAAAUCCAGAAAAUUUAUCUGAAAAUGUUGGAAUUAAAUAUAUGUUUGCAGUGGAACAGGAAGCAGGGAACAACUUAACAAAAGAUCAUGCUGGUGUCACUCCUGAAAACAUAGAAUUAAACAUGGUUGGAUGUCCUGGAUAUGUAAUAGUUGGGGAUCAUUGUCAGUCACCUGAAACAACACCAAGCAAUUCUAAUGAAAUGUUUCUACCAGGCAAAGAUAGCAAUUCCCUUGGAUACUCUACAAGCAAUGAUAUGCCAACUACAAACACAUCAGAUCCAAUUUUUUCUAUGUUACCACAAACACCAAAUGAAAGUUUCGAAGAAGAGAGCAAGGAUUCUAAAAGUUACGAUAAUCCUGGGUAUGUAACCGCUGAAUAUACAAAAGCUGUUGAAGAUUCUGAAAAUACGGUUAUUCCUGAGUAUGUAUCAGAUGAUAAUUUGUUUCCUGUACAGCAAACACCAGCUGAUAUUCCUCAAGAACAAAACAUACCAACCAAAAUACUGAAUUCCAUUGAAGAUUCUAAAACUAACUGUAGCCUUGAUUAUGUGUUGGUAGAGAAUUUGAACCCAUCACAUCAAAUACUAACCAUCUGACAAUUUAAUGAACAAUGGUAGCAUUAAUGCAAAUUCUAAAACUUUUAUUAUUCUUAUCUGAACAUUUUGACAUCCAUUAUUUACAUUAGUUACAUUUGACGGCUAUUUGUCCUCAUCUUGUUUGUUGUUAACACAACGUUUUGGCUGAUAUACUCUCCGGCCUUCAUCAGGUGUUUUGGAGAAAUU